UUCAACAGUGCGAAGUCAAGUGACGUGGAGAAUUCAAAGAUGGCAAGCACACAUCCAAAACUUUAUAAACUAUGAGCAGACUUGGCUCGGCUCAUUGCGAGGAGCUACGCUUGCGAUUUUGAUGCUGUUUUACGCUGUAUUUUCAGAUUCAGUUUUGAGGAAACUACUUAUCCAAGAAUCAGGAGCACAGUUCACCGGCUAACCAGUUAGCUAGCUAAAGGAACAGUCCCUGCUACUGGGAAGAUAGCUAUGCAAAGCCAAGGUUUUGUAAGUCAGAUACCGUAUUAUCACUUGAGCCAUGUCAUGAAAGGACAAGGAAGGACUUGACUGGCAACCGUUGACAAAACCUCCAUAGAAGCCGUAGCAGUUGUUUUGCUAUUUACCCGGUUGGCGAAGGAAUAACAUACCUUACUGUCAAGAUGGGCACUCUACUCAGAGGUGAAGAGAUGUGUCUGGCCCAGUUGUUUCUGCAGUCUGGCUCAGCAUACGACUGCAUCAGUGAACUGGGAGAACUGGGGCUGGUGGAGUUCAGAGACCUCAACCCGAGUGUUAACGUCUUCCAGCGAAAACACGUCAAUGAGAUAAAAAAAUGUGAAGAGAUGGAGAGGAUCCUUGUAUACCUUCUGAGGGAAAUAAAAAAAGCAGAUAUUCACCUGCCAGAUAGAGAUGUGAACCCUGCGGCUCCUUCACCCAAGAACGUCAUUGCUAUAAUGGAGCAGCUGCAGAGACUCGAGGUGGAAUUAGGUGAAGUGACCAGGAAUAAGGAGAGACUGCAGAAGAAUCUUCUGGAGCUGACAGAGUACACACACAUGCUGCGCAUCUCACGCAACUUUGUACAGAGAACUGCUGAGAGGGAGCCGCUACAAGUACACUAUGAGGAGUUCCCUUUCCUAGAGAAGGACACAGCGAUGGACUACAACAGCAUGCAGCGGCUCGGAGCCAAAUUAGGUUUCAUUUCUGGGCUUAUUCAGAGGGCCAAAAUUGAGGCAUUUGAACGGAUGCUGUGGAGAGUAUGCAAAGGCUUCACCAUCCUCAGCUACGCUGAGGUUGAGGAGUAUCUGGAAGACCCUGACACAGGUGAGCCUGUGAAGACUGUGGUGUUCCUCAUCUCUUACUGGGGAGAUCAGAUUGGACAGAAAGUGAAGAAGAUCUGCGACUGCUACCACUGUCACUUGUAUCCAUAUCCCAGCAGCAAUGAGGAGAGGAAUGAUGUUGUGGAGGGACUGAGAACUCGUAUUCAGGAUCUGCACACAGUACUUCUGAGGACGGAGGAUUACCUGAAACAGGUCCUGAUUAAGGCAUCAGAAUCUGUCUACACCUGGGUCGUCCAGGUCAAGAAAAUGAAGGCCAUCUACUACAUUCUGAACUUGUGCAGUUUUGAUGUGACUAAUAAGUGCCUGAUCGCAGAGGUUUGGUGUCCGGUCAGUGACAUCCCCAAACUGAGAAGAGCCCUGGAGGAAGGAUCGAGGAAAAGUGGAGCCACAGUUCCUUCCUUCGUCAAUCGCAUCCCCACCACUGACACUCCCCCCACUCUGAUAAGGACCAACAAGUUUACUGCUGGAUUCCAGAACAUUGUAGAUGCUUAUGGAGUGGGAACCUACAGGGAGGUGAACCCCGCUCCAUUCACAAUCAUUACCUUCCCAUUUCUGUUUGCUGUGAUGUUUGGGGACCUGGGUCACGGAAUCAUAAUGAGUGUCUUUGCUUUAUGGAUGGUGCUGUACGAGAACAACCGCAAACUCAAAAACACCAGGAACGAGAUCUGGAACACCUUCUUUGAAGGGCGCUAUAUCAUUCUUAUGAUGGGCCUCUUCUCCAUAUACACUGGUCUCAUAUACAAUGACUGUUUCUCAAAGUCUCUUAAUAUAUUUGGGUCUGGAUGGAGUGUGAAUGCCAUGUUCAAAGCUGGAGUGUGGACGAAUGAGGUCAUCCGUGGAAAUCAUCUUCUUACUCUGGACCCAAAUGUUACAGGAGUUUUCAGAGGACCGUAUCCUCUGGGAAUCGAUCCAAUCUGGAACUUGGCAUCCAACCGCCUAACAUUCCUAAACUCGUAUAAGAUGAAAAUGUCUGUGAUUUUAGGCAUCAUUCACAUGAGCUUUGGUGUCAUUCUUAGCACCUACAAUCACCUAUACUUCAGGAAGAAGUACAAUCUUUACCUGGUAUUCCUGCCCGAACUCCUGUUCCUGUUGUGUUUAUUUGGCUACUUGGUGUUCAUGAUAUUCUACAAGUGGCUGGUCUACUCUGCUAAAGACUCCAGACAUGCCCCGAGCAUUCUCAUCCACUUCAUAAACAUGUUCCUCAUGCAGGGUGACGGAGUGCCUCCCCUCUACCCAGGACAGACCGGCCUUCAGGUAUUUCUGGUGGUCAUUGCAGUUCUCUCUGUACCUGUGUUACUGCUGGGUAAACCAGUCUACCUUUACUGGCUUCACAAUGGAGGACGCCGCCUGGGAAUGUACAGGGGUUAUGAGCGUGUGCGGCGAGGCAGUGAAGAGGAGCUCUAUCUGCUGAGGGGGGAUGACAUGGAGGAGGGCAGCAGCCACAGUGAUCUGUCCAGCAGUGGAGAGCGCUGCUCGGAGGAGUUUGACUUUGCAGACGAGUUCCUUCAUCAGGCCAUCCACACUAUAGAGUACUGCCUGGGCUGCGUCUCCAACACAGCCUCCUACCUGAGGCUUUGGGCUCUGAGCCUGGCACAUGCCCAGCUAUCAGAGGUUCUAUGGGCCAUGGUGAUGAGAGUGGGGCUACGGAUGGACACCACUCUUGGGGUUUUAUUCCUGGUUCCGGUAUUUGGACUGUUUGCUGUUCUCACUGUGUCCAUUCUGCUGGUAAUGGAAGGUCUAUCUGCCUUCCUUCAUGCCCUCCGACUGCACUGGGUGGAGUUUCAAAACAAAUUCUACAGUGGAACCGGGAUCAAGUUUUGCCCCUUCUCUUUCUCUCUCCUGCCCUCCAGCUUCGAACAUGAUGGCUUACUGUGAAGGACCGAUUAAAUCACACUCACAGCUGUUAAAUGCAGCCAAAAGAAGCCAGCAGGAUUCAGUGCUCAUAAAGACUUCUUUCAGAUGUUAAAUGGAGGUUUUGGGAUUUGUUGCCUUCUUGCCUUCUCCUUGCUAAAUGACUGGUAUGUGAAGAUGUUAUUUUUUAAGUUUCACAAACUUUGAACUCAAUCACACUGCCUUGCCAACAGUAUGAAGAACAAACACCAGACAUGUUGGUUUGUAUUGCUGGUUUGCAUAAUAAAGGGUAAUUCUCUUCAGGAUAAGUAUACCUCACUGCAGAUAAUUUGGAGAAUCAAAUGUUAUUGCAGUGUAUUUUAGGGUAAGAUCAGCAACAUUUUGUCAAAUCAGUUUAGUUUUAUAUUAAUUAGUUUUUCUUCAUAAUAAGUUUAUGAUAUUAAUGUGACUUUUAGUGUUUUCACUGAACUUCUGUUGUGUCAGAUCUAGUUUCUAAUUACUGAAGCAAGAGCAGAAUGCAGUUAAAUAGUUUUUUGCUCAGCUUUUCUUUGGUGGACAGCUUUUCAGAAGUGCAGCAACAUGAGGGCAUGUUGUACCAUUCCUCAAACUUGAUGGUGUUUCUCCUUUAUAGUACCGAGACCCAGCAAAGGAUAUUUGACAUUUUGGUGUGGUGUAGUGCCUGGGCAGGGGUGUGAUAAAAUGUAUAUAGUUUUACAGAAUUAUUUUUUUAAUUUAUUAUGAAAUAAUGUAUCAGAAUUACAGAUGAAUAUUAAUGGAGUGUUUUUAACACUUGUUUAUUCACAGUGCUGCCUUUCCUUCCACUUGCUACGGAUAGAAACAUCUCAUUUAUCAAUUUGUUUACUCGGCUCAGUGAGUCUGAGCCUGUUGGUUUAAAUGAUCCUGCAUCCAUAUUCAGAGUGGCAGCCUGUUUGCCUUGAAUCCUAAAGGGGGAAGAAUUUGGUGUUGGGUUUUUUUUACAAAGGGAAUCAGGCUGAAAUGUCAUCUCUCUUGUUAUUCAUUGUCUGCACUUUCACACUGAUAUCAUCAUUUGCUACAUAAAAAUACUGCCUCUCAUCUAUAAUGAUAUGGGCAGCAAUCUAGCCCCUUAAACAAAAUGCAAAUAUUGCAUCAUUCUAGUCCCUGCCAUUUACAUCUGUAUAUUGGGUGAUAUGUUUUCUUCCAUUCUGUGUCUCUAAUAACUGAACGGUUAGGCACGCUUAAUGCAUACCAGGACUACCUUAACAGCCUGCUUGAAACGGACUCCUGUUUCAUUGAUUGAAGUUAUGUUAAUCAAUCAUACCAAGAUUAAAUGGGUUUUCUGAUUGUGAUAGUUUAUUGUUCCCUUCAUUUAAUUAAAAUAAUUGUUUUUUUUGUUGUUGCAGUAACUACCACUCCAUGCUAUAGCUCCCAAGAAAAUCCAUUUAUUCUUAAUGUCAAUAAAAGUAUAUUUGAGAUUUCUA